UGUGUGUGUGUGUGUGUGUGUGUGUGUGUGUGUGUAAACAUGAAUGUACACUGUUCUGUGUUCAUGUAAACACACACGGAUCUGCUAUGAAACCGUCUCAUCCAAUCACCUCUCAGACGGAUGAGCUAAGCUGGACUCACCUGUUCAGGUGGGACCUUCCUUGUUCUGCUCUUCCUACCCAUUUCUCGAUGGCUAAAACUCAAACAAAAGUCUUUCCCGCCGUUACCAAACGCGCCCUUUGCGUAACUUCCGCCCGCAGCACCGAACCAAUGAGGUUGCGAAAAGUGUUGCGUUGACCAAUCCAAGAGCAGCAGCGGAUGACGCAGCUGGUAAAGAAGACGUUUUGGCGCUAGUUUGGACUCGGUUACCGGUAGAGAAGCCCGUCCUCGAGAGGAGCUGACCGAGCGCAGGUGAGCGUUGAUCCGGGUUGGUUCGGGUUAACCUGACCGGGUUACCAACCCCUCCUUUACUCUGAGAGUCCUGCAAGGCGAGCUAACGCUAAAGCUGCUAGGAUGCCUAGCACCCGCUCCCAGGCUCGAGCUCAGCCCACGCUGACGUUCCCACGACGCAAGUCCUGCCGAGCGCCUUUAAAACCCCCCAAACCUCCAGGGUCUGCGUCCCAGGACGUCCUUCCGCCUCCAAGCCCACCCAGGCCCGUGUCUCCGAGGCAGUCUCCCGCCCUGCAGCCCCGACUCCCCCUGAGCCCGCGCAAACGCACAGGUGAUGAGAACGGCUGCAACCUCCACACCCUGCAGGCGUCCCCUCCCAAACAGAAAAAGACGUCUCUGUCCUCCCAGAGGAAGCUAGGUUUCAAUGAGAACUCUCCAGUCGUGGUCCAUCAAACAUCAGACCCAUCUUCUGAAAAACCACGCUGUCCAACCACCACUUCGUCCACUAGGAGACCAGAAACGCCCACCGGAAGUCCCUUGCGUGGCACUGGAGGAAAGAAGACCCCAGUCACUCAGCUGUUUGCAGAAAAGUCCAAGUUCCAGAGCGUGAAGCAGGUGCUCCACACAUCCAUCCCUGAACACAUCUUGUCCAGAGAGGCGGAGCAGACGUCCAUCCGCUCCUUCCUGCAGGAGACGGUCCUGCAGCGCCGUCCUGGAAGCCUCUAUAUUUCAGGAGCUCCUGGGACUGGCAAGACGGCCUGCCUGAGCUGUGUCCUGAAGGACAUGAAGGCUGAGCUGUCGUCGGUUCUGACGGUUCUGGUGAACUGUAUGAGUCUGCGAAGCGCCCACUCCAUCUUCCCUCUGCUGGCUGACAAACUGAAAGUGCUCAGCGGCCAGAAGGGUCUGCAGAAGUUCUUCACAUCGUCGGGGCCUGCUGUGCUUCUGGUUUUGGAUGAAAUGGACCAGCUGGACAGCAAGGCUCAGGACGUCCUCUACACCCUUUUUGAGUGGCCACACCUGCCCAGUUCUCGUCUCUGUCUCAUUGGUAUCGCUAAUGCUCUGGACCUGACUGAUCGCAUCCUGCCCAGACUGCAGGCCGGGCCUCACCAACGCCCCCUGCUGCUGAACUUCCCUCCCUACAGCCGACAGGAGCUGGCAGCCAUUGUUCAGGACAGACUCACCCAGGCAUCAGCUGAGGCUCUUCUGGAUGCCUCUGCUGUCCAGUUUUGUGCCAGGAAGGUGUCUGCUGUGUCUGGAGACGCCAGGAAAGCUCUGGACAUCUGCAG